AUGACACUUUUUGUAUUAGUCAGCCUUACGAUUUGUUUCUCAGUCGGACCUAUACUGGGUAGCACGCUCACUUACCUCGAUAUCGAAAAUAUUUCCGAGUACGACUACCAUUGGGAGAGGAUUGCGGGAGUUGUUGUCGGCAUUUCUCGCCCGAUUACUACAGAUCUUUAUCUCUCCUGGCUGGGCUAUAUGGGCAGUACAUCUGGUGGCGACCUUAACUACACUAGACAUUGUUUCUGCGGUUGUAUAAGUGGAUUGCAUCUGUAUUGA